AUAAAAUUGGGAAUUUGGGGAUCUAGGGUUUUAUUUUUGCAGGUUUUAUUUUUUCCAGCUUCUAUCGUCUUCUGUAGUUUUCAACACUAUAGAGGACUACACGCCAUGACGAAUAACGCCCCGUCGUAGGCACAGCGAAACCAAGACGACAACCAUGUAUCCCUCACCAUCCCCUUGCUGUCCCGCCACCGAUCCACUUCCAACUCCUCUUCUCAGGUUGCCAUCGUUGGCGCCAACAUCUGUCCCAUCGAGAGCUUCGACUACGAGAUUGUGGAGAAUGAUUUCUUCAGGCAGGACUGGAGAGCCCGCGGAAGCAUCCAUAUUUUCUAGUACAUAUUUAUGAAGUAGCUGCUGUGUUUCUUGAUUGGCAUCAUUGUUAGUCUCAUCGGCUUCUUCAACAAUCUCGCUGUUGAGAAUAUUGCAGGCAUCAAGUUCGUGGUCACCUCGAACAUGAUGUUGAUGGGCAGGUAUGGGAUGGCAUUUCUGGUGUUCUCUAUUUCCAAUCUGGUUCUUACUUUCUUUGCCGCUAGUCUCACGGCCUUCGUCGGGCCAGUAGUUGCUGGUUCCGGUAUUCCGGAAGUGAAGGCCUACUUGAAUGGGGUUGUUGCGCCCGAAAUUCUAUCCUUUCAAACUUUAGUUGUUAAGGUUAUUCUUCUCAUUUCUAAGUGUUUCAACUACUAAUUUAAAUUCUUGGAUUUUCCAAUAUCUUCAGCUGUUUCGUCAUUGGAAAUUGGGAUCCCGCCAAGAAAUUUGCUUGAUCUGAUGAUUUUGGGGUCAUUUGUCCAGGUGGCUUGUCCAUCUCAGCAUCCAUCUUAGCAAAAAAAUGCUGGUAUUAACAGAGGGGGUGAUUUGCCACUGCAGGUGCAAUGAGGGGUGGUCUGGGGUGAUUUGCCACCAGUGGGUGAGUUAAGGGGUGAUCUGCAUGUUUUGCCAUUAUUUUCAGUAGGAUUUCUACUUUUAGUCCAGAGGAUGCAGAGCUUGUAGUCAGCUAUGGGAACUAAAAAUGGUUUGCUGUCAGUUUUGGGAUUCAAGUUUUUCAAGGACAGAGAGAUAGGACCCAUCAGAAUUUUGCACCAAGACAUAUAGAUAUAUGAUUACCUUCUCAUUAUAGAAAGAUAGAUAAAUUUUUCCAUUGAAACCGUAGUUAAAGGACCAAAAACGGCAGACUUAUACUCUGAAGCAAGACUUAGAGGCAAUCUAGAUUGGUAGUGGACACAAUUAACAGUACCAUUUAUCUGCCCCACACCACUCAUAACUUUCUUUAGAGGGAAUAGAGGGUGCUUAAAAGUCUCUGGUUUUUGGUCCUUUAACUACGGUUUCAAUGGAAAGAUUUAUCUAUCUUUUUGUGAGGAGAAGGGAAUCAUAUAUCUAUAUGUCUUGGUGCGAAAUUCUGAUGGGUCGUAUCUCUCUGUCCAUGAAAACUUGAAUCGCAAAACUGACAGCAAACCAUUUUUAGUUCCCAUAGCUGACUACAAGCUCUGCAUCCUCUAGACUAAAAGUAGGAAUCUUACUGAAAACAAUCAAACAACCCUUUAUUUGGCCGAGGUAGAUGUUUGGGAGGAUCCUCUAGUCAUUCAAAGGAGAAGCAUGAUUUGAUCGCUUGCAGUUUAAGCAACUGUCUACUGUUGUUAGUGCC